UAUCUGCUCGAGGAAAGGAAAAACGUUCCUCGAGCUUAUCGUCAUGAAAAACGUUGACAGUUUCUAUCGUUGAUCACAGAUGGCGGUACCGUGUCGUGUUUUCACGAGUGUCUCGUGAGAGAGGUUAUGUAUAUCCCUGUUCACGAAGUGUUUGCUUCAAGAAAUUGUUUGAAAGAAUGCCCAACGAACAUGGACACGACGAAAAGAGUAAGAAAAGGAAAAAGAAACGAUCUCACGCCCAAAUGGCGAAAAAGUUUGCCCGGCAAAGAAACCACGGAUCGGACGUUGACGCCGAAACUUAUCAAUACAUGGUACGCAUCUUCGACUUGAUGAAGGGCGAUUUCCCCACUGCCGAGGAGAAACUGAUCUUCGCGAAUAACGUGUACGAGCAAACGAUAGGCCACGAGCUGGACUACGCUCGGAAUCAGCUCGGAUCGAGGAUACUGGAUUCGCUUUUAAAAUACGCGAACUUGGAAACGAUUCAGAGGUUAGUCGACGCUUUAUCCGGUUCCAACUUGAGACCGCUCAGCAGCGACAGAUUCGCCAGUCACGUACUGCAAAAAAUCGUAGUUGUCUGUGCCGGAAGAGGAAACAAGGCCGAGGAAUCCAACACGGAAGAAAGUUCGGACGCGAGCGUGAAAGUCGAAGAAUCGGAAAUCGCCUCUUACAACGACAUCGUACUGAAAUUGUGCAGGUACUUCUUGAACAACAUAGAAGAAUUCGUGUUCGAUACGUACGCGAAUCAUCUCCUGAGGACCGCCAUCGAGUGUCUUAGCGGACUGAUCGACAAGUCGGAGGACAACAAUAAAAAGAAAUUGACGUUCGGCGAAAGACGACCCGUUGUGCAACAAUAUAAGGAUCUGUUGUCGCAGACGUGCAAUAGAUUACUCGAGUGGCCUCGAUUGCUCGAGUUCGGACAGGACGAGCUCACGUCCGGAUUGUUGCAGAGCGUUCUGUACUCCUUGAAGGACGUGCACCCCGAAAUAUUAGAAAAGUUCGUCCAGAAAAUAACGCAGAAAUGCUUCCAACCCGGCGAAGGGUCGCGAAUAUUCGACGCGGAAUGUUCCACCAGGUUAUUAGAGGUCUGCGUAGCCGUGGCGGAACCAAAAUCGCUGUACAAAAUUUACGAAGACUACUUCCGGGGUAAGUUGAAGGCGUUAUCGAUCGCGCACAAUACGAACUUCAGCGUACAAAGGUUGAUGGAUCAUUGUGCCGUGAAGGAAGACUUCGAAAAUAUCUUCGAGGAGGUUUCAGCGUGUUUCCCAGAAAUUCUCAAGUCGGGGUACACCGGGGUGCUGGUAAGCGCGGGAAACGCGUGUUUGAGGUUACGAACGAAACAAGGCGCGUUCGUGACGGAACUUUUAAAAGCGCUCGGUUGCGAGACGAACGAAAAGCAACGGGAUAUCGUGACUUGCCUGGCUAGUUUGAAAUCGUUGGAACAGCUGGAGAGCUUACGGAAGGCGGAUAAUUCCCAUCCGGUUAUCUGUUUACACGGCAGCCUGAUUAUCCAAGCCAUUUUGAAAUUCAACAAACCUAUCAAAAUCGUAAACUCGUUGUUGGAAAUGAACGAGGAGGAACUGGUGCGCAUACUCGAAGAUCCGAAAGGAAGUCGCAUCGUCGAUGCCUUCAUGGACAGCGAGUACAUAGGCGAGAAGAGCAGAGAGAAAUUCGCGAAAAAGUUCCGAGGGUACUGGGCUCAAAUGGCUUCCAGCACCCACGGUUCCAGGUGUUUGGACAAAAUGUGGCAGUGGGCGCGUAUAAAUCAGAGAACUUUGAUCAUGGAGGAGUUGGCAGCCGUCGGAGAAUCGUUGCGCUCCACGAAAUCUGGACAAAUAAUCUCGAACAAACUGAACGUGCCCUUAUUUGCUAGGAACAAGAAAGACUGGAUGGAAACUCUGGGAAAAGAAGAGAAAACGAAAGCUCUUUUCGCGAGUAUAAUAGGGGAAUCGAAGAAAAAGAAAUAACGCGUUUCUGUAGGUGGAACGCGCGGGUUUCACGAUAUUUGUUAAAUAAAGCCAGGAAGGGAGAGGCAAUGUAUGCUUGUUCCGUUAGCCUUAUCACAUAGAAUAGUUAUGUAUUUCGUAAAUUCAUAAAUACAAUUUAUAGAAUCCAUCA